AAGCUGGCGCUGGAGUACAUCGUGCCGUGCAUGAACAAGCACGGCAUCUGCGUGGUGGACGACUUCUUGGGCAAGGAGACCGGGCAGCAGAUCGGCGACGAGGUGCGCGCCCUGCACGACACGGGCAAGUUCACGGACGGGCAGCUGGUCAGCCAGAAGAGCGACUCGUCCAAGGACAUCCGAGGCGAUAAGAUCACCUGGAUCGAGGGCAAGGAGCCCGGCUGCGAAACCAUCGGGCUGCUCAUGAGCAGCAUGGACGACCUGAUCCGCCACUGUAACGGGAAGCUGGGCAACUACAAAAUCAAUGGCCGGACGAAAGCUAUGGUUGCUUGUUAUCCAGGCAAUGGAACGGGUUAUGUACGUCAUGUCGAUAAUCCAAAUGGAGACGGAAGAUGUGUGACGUGUAUAUAUUAUCUUAAUAAAGACUGGGAUGCCAAGGUAAGUGGAGGUAUACUUCGAAUUUUUCCAGAAGGCAAAGCCCAGUUUGCUGACAUUGAACCCAAAUUCGAUAGACUGCUGUUUUUCUGGUCUGACCGUCGCAACCCCCAUGAAGUACAGCCGGCAUAUGCUACAAGGUACGCAAUAACUGUUUGGUAUUUUGAUGCAGAUGAGAGAGCGCGAGCUAAAGUAAAAUACCUAACAGGUGAAAAAGGUGUGAGGGUUGAGCUCAAUAAACCUUCAGAUUCACUCAGUAAAGACGUCUUGUAGAGCCUUCGAGCCAGCGAUGCCCCACCUCACCUACAGCAGGUGUCGCCGCUGUGAACUCGUGAGCACCAGUAAAGGAUAAAGGAAAACAGCCCGCCAGUGGACAUUUUCAUAAGGAAACAGAAACAACUUUUUUGUAUCGCAUCAAAACGAAGAUUUCGACUGUGUGGGCCUGUACUGCAUGACGGCCUCCACACCUGUGACUGCUUAUGGGCGGAUAUAAGUUAUCAGCUGACAGUGGUAUUUACAUCUGGACGUGACAUAAGUGCCCUGGGUAGAGUUUUUUCAUUCUUAUAUUUUGCCAGAUCUGUCAUCUAGCUGAGUUCACGUCAUCUCUCCCUUUUUUAUAUAGUCAAGUUUGAAUUUGAAGUAAUUUUUGUAUGAUCAGGUACAAUUUAUCAAAACUGAAUUGAGAAAAAAAAAUUACAGUAUUAUUCCCCAAAAUAGCAUCGAUCUAUUUUUGUAAACCUCUUCAUACUAUUAAAUUUUGCCCUAAAAGACCUCUUCUAAUGAUUGUUGCCAGUGACUGAUGAUUCCUUUAAUUUCCUUUUUACUUAAAAUAAGAAAAGGAGCACUUUAAUCAGCAACUGAAAAAUCAGACUGUUUCGUAGCCCGUCCUGCACUAAUCUGAACUCUUAGAAAUUGCUGCUGCCGUUUUGGACAUUGUUAAUCAUGAAACGUAACAGUAAAACCAUCACCAUUUACUACCAGUAACUUUCAUUUCAUGUUUUAUAAGGAAAAAUGCACAGUAAAAAGGUUUUAUCUUUUAAGUUACAUUAAGAAAAAAACAACUAAAGUGGCUGGCACUCAGUGAACUUGAGGUUGUCCUCAGCGUCAAGUUCCCAAGAGAAAGGGCUUGCUUUCGCUUUCAGACAGAUCCUGUAGACUAGACGAUCCUGCCCCCGCUCCUGAGCCUGUUCCCUUUGCUUCCCGUCAAGGUGGUCAUCCUUUCAGUUGUGCUGUUUCGUUCCCUUCCUCCUCGCCUGUCUGACGUGCAGGUCGGAACCCCGUCCCGGAGGUGGGGAGAUGGUGCGUGUGUCGCGGCCGGACUGCGUCACUGCACACGUGGCGUCGGGGCCGCCUCGGGCCGCCGCCCCCCACGCGCGAUGCUGGUCUCCUUAUCAGUCCCGAGAGUUGUAUGUUUCCCUUGAAAAAACCAGAAGCGACAAACCGGAAGAUUUAAUUUUUACGUUUUUAGAAGUCUUCUUUAUUACUUUUCAGAGCAAGAGGGACUAUUAGAAGAAUCCCACCAGGCCUCUAAGACUCCUGUUACUUAACAUUUGAACUGGGACGAGUGUCUCCCACGUCUGUCUCCUGGGCUCUUCGGGAAAGCCUGAAGGGUGGUCCCCACAGUUUGCAUGAAUUAGGGUGUGAGACCUUGCCCACUUCGGCUUUCUGUCUCUGUCCUUGAUCUCCUUUGCCAAAAUAAUGUGAGUGUACAGAAAUCUUUCUGUAUGUUUCGGUUUAUGACAGUUUUAGCAUCCGUAUAGUUUGUAUUCAAUUAGAGACCUUUUCUAUGGAAAGCUCAGUAAUCUUUAUUAAAAGAUUGCUAUUGUUCAUGUAAAACAUGAAAACCAGUUGUUGGAUGAGCUGACAGUGUGGACUUUGGGAGUAAACCAUUCAGUGCUGUGAUCUCGCCUAGGAGAAACCUGCAGAAGGAAGGUACAGCUGACUUGUUUUCCUUGCCCAUGUUCAGUUCUGUUCCACGUCAUCUCCUUGUCCCCGGUGGUACCACGUAACGUUUCUACAGUAAGUGCCUCUCCACCCCGGCCGCCCCCGCCCCUCCCCGGGAGCACAGGCUCUUUGCCAUCUGGUCUCGGUGCGGGACACCAUGUUGGACCACAGCUCAAAAGCUGUUACUUUUAGGUCUAGUAGAAGCUGUGUGGUGGUGAUGGGAGGUUUGUUUGAUUGUCACAGCACCAACCUUUUGAUCUGGGAGCCCCUGUGUCAUUCACAUGUGUAUCUGCAGUCGUGCGAAGUGUCAGAUUCUGCUCUCUGUAGGUUGUGCUUGCCGGACAGGUCUUAACUGUCAUAUUUUUUGGGAAAAGUUUAUAUAAUUUCUUGGAGGUUGUUGUGAAAGGAUCAAGAAAUCAGGAGAGCCAUUUCUUUACUGUCCGUUUAAAAUCUGUUUAUUUCAUGUUAGUGGGACCGUUAACUUGUCACCAAGCAGGACUCUAUAUAAAGCAAAAUUUAAAACUAUUUGUGGCCUAUAUGUGUUUAAUCUGGUUGAAGGUAAAGCUUCUAAUGCUGUUUUUAUUCAACACAUUAACCAGCUGUAAAACCCAGACCUUUAUCAACAGCAGGGAGAGAAGUUCAGGAUUUAUAUACAGAUAGACUAUAAAGUCAUGUAAUUUGAAAAGCGGUGUUUCAUUAUGAAAGAGUUCUCAAGUUGCUUGUAAAGCUAACCUAAUUAAAAAGAUGUAUAAAAUGUUCUUGAAAAA